GGCCGAGCGGACCGUGGUGGCCCGGCGGAAUUUUCUUGCCGGCUAUCCCCGAGCGUUAUCGGGGGCCCGGAGGCUGCGGCUGCUUCGGGGCCGGGUCAGCCUGCCCGCUAGCGAAGGAGGCUCAGGGAGCCGGCCGCGGCCUUUGCCGUGAAGACUCGCUAGCAGAGCGGGCGGCACCGGCAGAGUCCCCUCGGGCGGGCGGAGGUGACCCCCGGGCCCGUCUGUCGGUGACCCCCGGGCCCGUCUGUCCGUGCCGCAAGCGUGGAAAUGCCGCCGCUCGCAGGGACCGCGGCCCGGCCUGACCCGGGGGCUGCGCCCCUCCGACCCGGCCCUUGAGAGGACAAGUCUCGCCUCCCCUCCCUUUCCUUGUGUCCUGAGUUUAAAGUCCAAGGAGUCUCUCUUUCAAGGCCCAGUACUAUAUGACCUGAUGAAAGCUGAUUACAGUCAUCAUUAAAUCAAAAUGUCGUCAUUAUCACAAGCAUCCUUAUGUUUACCUGUACAUGACUGUAUGGCUCCUUCCUUGGACUUUGAUCUUCAGGAAAAGUUUGUUCUUCACAAUGUUGAGGGAAAAACAUGUGUACCACCUGAAGAAACAGGAAAACUCUGUUCACAGAUUCAGCCAGAUAAAAAGGAUUGUCACAGAACUACAACAGCCAUCCAAGACGGGAAGUAUUUUACUGAUCUGAGCAAAGAAUCUGACAGUCUAGAACACCAAUUAAACAGUAAAAGCAUUGACACUUGGAUGCAGGAGCUAAGUGAAAGUGAAAUUCAGAAUACUAAUCUCAGGAAAAAAAUACUUGAAAGGGAGAAACAGAUUAAAGAACUUUCAUCCAUGCUCCAGUGUGAAAAAAUCAAGAUACAGAAAAGGAACCGCUUGUCAGGAUCAGUAAAGGAAGUACAAGCUCACCUGCAGCGUCAGAUUGAAAGAAAAGAAGCAGAAAAUUAUGAAUUAAAAGUGAAAAUACAGACUCUACAAAAUAAAAUAGCAGAGUGGAAACAUCAAAUUGGUGAAUACAAGUGCCAGAAGUUAGCCUUAAAGGAGACAAGUGAGCAAAAGAAGAUAGCUCUGGAAAAAGCAAUAAGGUCCCAGAAACGAAGAGCUCAGAGCUUAGAAGAAGCUGUGAAAGAUGUAACCUCUAAAAUAAAAGAACAUGAAGUCAAACUGGGUGAGAUACUGUCAGCCUCUGAUGUCUGGAAAAACCAGCACGAUAGAAUAGUUGAAGAAAAGACAAUGUUAGAAGUUCAAAUAGAAGAUCUUGAGAAUCAGAUCAGAGGCCUGAUGGAAAAUGUGGAAAGAAGGGAGGAAUGGAGAAGAAGCUCAGAAGAGGAAAUUCUUGAAAAGCUAAAUGCCGUUAACUCUGAAAAUGAAAAUAUUUGCCUUGAAAACAAAAAAUUAAAGGCUUCCCUUGCUGCAUUGGAGAAAAGUACAGUGGCUGUUGAAUAUGAGUUGCUUCAUCUGCAAGAAAAAGCAAAGCUGCAGGAAAACCUUGUAGAACAGCAUAAAAAUGAGGUACAAAAAAGACAAAUUGCUGUGAAAGAAUUGAAAUCCAGAUAUAAAACAGUCUUAAAUGAAAACAGAAAAAUAACAGAAAACAAAUGCUUAGAAGCAGAUAAGGUGAGGCACAAAACAGAGGCUGAGUUAAAGGAGUUAGAACAUGUUUGUGACUUGCUGAAAGCAGCUGAGGAGAACCAGCAAAAGCUUCUGGCUUGGGAAAGGAUCCGUGUGCAGAAAUGCAAAACCCUCAGGGAGCUGGAGCUUCAGCCUCAAAAUGAAUUUUCCUGGACUCUUUUUUUCUCUGACAUCAAUUUCUAUGGCAGGGAUAACCAUAGUGUAACUUCUAUGGGCAGUCUUUGCUUAGAAGGAGAGAUCUGUAACAUUCAAAAGAAAUAUGAAGAUCUUCAAAGGCAAUUAGAACAGGUGGAAUAUCAGAAUGAAGAACUUGCUUACCAGCUCAGGAAAGAAGAUGAGAGUCUUCAGAGCAGCAAAUUGCAGCUUGAAGAGAAAAUUGCAGAAUAUAAUGCAUUGACCAAACAACUUGAAUCUGCUUUGGAAGAAGGGAGAAAAAUGGUAGCUGAAGAAUGGGAAAAAAUGUCAUACAAAGAACAAGCCUUUCAGACAAAACUGCUGCUUCUUGAAGCUGAAGUGAGAAAGAGGCAAGAAGAAAAAAAACAGCUCCUCUGCUUAUUUCACCAUAAUGAAAAGCACCAUGAAGUACAUUUGAAAGAGCUGGAGAACAGCCUACAGAAGUCAGUGAUCAAGAACCAGAGCAUACAGAAUUAUGUGCAGUUUUUGAAAGAUGCAUAUGUAACAAUGUUUGGCUGAAUUCUUUAAUCUAUUUUAUAGUAGAGAAACUUGUCAAGAUUGGGCUCCUGGUCUUGUCGGAGGCAAAGCCAUUGAGGCCUUACAUUAUUUUGACAGAUAACAUUUUAUAAUGUCAAUUCUUCCCUAGGAAAACAUCUGUUGUGGGCAGGAGAAACAGGUCAGCCAUGGCUGUGUGUCCUGUUGGCUGGGCACACAUGGGGAAUGGAGCUGAUGUUCCUGUCAGAAACCAUUGUGUUGUCCAUGGCACAGCAUGCAAAGGCCAGUGCAUGACAGCAGCAGCAGGUGGGUAUGUCUGGGGUGUGCACACAAAAUGGGUCUGUCAAUGUCCUGGCUGUAAAAUCUUACCUGAGUGCCUUUAGUCCAUGGUAAAUGCAGGUGGUCACAGAUUACCUUUCAAUUCAAUGACAUCUAACCUUUAAAACAGGCAAAAAUUGAGAUCAUUAGUUUCCUUCCCUUUUUUCCUAUGCAGUUUAGCCCCAGUAUAGCCCUACACUGCAUGGGAGAGUUACCACCACAAGGCUGUCCCAUCCAGCCAUUUUCCUCUACAUCUCAUCAUUAUGCUCAGGAAUUCACUAUAAUAGUAUUUUAUAAAUAUGAGCAGGAAAAUUUUUUAGAUACAGGUAUAGUUUAAGCUCUGAAGGUGCUGAUAUACCCUUAAAUAUCUCACGCAGCUCCAGUGAGAUAUUUAAGUAUUUUUCUCAGUUCAAGGGCUGCUGUUCAAUAAGACUGACUUGUGCCUCGAGUAAAACACAUGUAAACAUUCAGCUGAUGCAGGAUUAAUACAAGAAACAAUUCCUGAUUUAAUUUCAGUUCUAAAUUCUAAUUAGUUUUGUAGAUAUAUGCUAUGUUAUGUUUUUAAAAAUAGUACAGUUAAAUAUAGGUGAUUUACAAUGUGUACUUAAAUAAUAUUUAUUUUUUGACCAAAACCUUAAGUUUGUUUAUGCGUAGACAAUACCCAUUCUAUUUCAUUGUUAGUUAUUAGUAAUGUGUUGAAUACAGACCUUUCUUUUUUGCAAAUGCUUAUCCAUCUUAACAAAUACAAUAUGCCUCUGUUCACUUUUUAAAAAUAAAAUUGUCAUUUAUUCUAUAUGACAUGCUAGUAGCAAAUAUUUAUUUUAAAUUUGGGGGAUUUGCAUUACACACACACAAAUAUUUGGGUUAA